AAUGGGUCAAAAUGAAAAAGGCGGCAUAAUCAAACAGGGCAAAAGAAGUGCAACUCUUUGAGUAAUCGACCUUAUGUCUUAAGAAUGGGAAAACCGAAGAAGAAGAAGGAUUUCUUUGUCAAUCCAUUGAAAAACAAGAACAUAGGAUGGAGAUCAGGACAAGACCUUCUUGCAGGAAAAGUCAUCAGAGUUAAUGAACAAGGAUUUGAAAACUUAGAGGAUUACUAUUCAGAAUCAGAUGCUGAUUUUACACAAGAUUUGACAGCCAAUAUUUCUAGGGUGACCAGAAAUUCCAAGGAGAAUAAGUAUAAUAAGUCCAUCGCUGAGAACCAUGAUGCAGAAAAUGAUGCUCUGCCACAGAAUUCUAGAUUUGAAUCCAGCCAGACUGGGCCAAUGGGAUCAAGUCAGUCCUCAAAUAUGUUUGCCUGGCUUAAGAACAAAAACAUUGGAAGGAGGACAGGGAAGGAUGUUCUGGCAGGGAAGGUGAUCACUAAAAACAGUCAGGGAUUUGACAAUAUUGAGGACUACUUUUCUGAAUCCUCCGAUGCAGAGAGUAUGUUUAUGUCCAAGAGCUGUAUAAGUGUAGGUUUAGAUAACACCGAUGUUGUCUCUGAGAAGUCUGACUCUUGCCACUCUGUCAGCCAGGUAAGUUCAAGUGUAGGUUUAGAUAACACCGAUGUUGUCACAGAGAAGUCUGACUCUUGCCACUCUGUCAGCCAGGUAAGUUUAAGUGUAGGUUUAGAUAACACCGAUGUUGUCACAGAGAAGUCUGACUCUUGCCACUCUGUCAGCCAGGUAAGUAUAAGUGUAGGUUUAGAUAACGCCGAUGUUGUCUCGGAGAAGUCGGACUCUUGCCACUCUGUCAGCCAGGUAAGUUUAAGUGAAGGUUUAGAUAACACCAAUGUUGUCUCAGAGAAGUUUUACUCUUGCCACUUUAUCAGCCAGGUAAGUUUAAGUGUAAGUUUAAAUAACCCAAUGUUGCUCGGAGAAGUCUGACUCUUGCCACUCUGUCAGCCAGGUAAGUUUAAGUGGUGGUUUAGAUAACACCAUGUUGUCUCAGAAAAGUCUGACUCUUGCCACUUUAUCAGCCAGGUAAGUUUAAGUGUAAGUUUAAAUAACCCAAUGUUGUCUCGGAGAAGUCUGACUCUUGCCAGCCAGGUAAGUUUUCUUUUAAUUCAGCAAACUCCUAUCUCGCAUGACAUUCAAUGUUAUGUCACAAUAAAGACUAUUAUGACGUGUUUUACAGUAAGAUAUUUUAAUUUUAAUUUUUAACUAGUCCACUUCCAGGAGAACCAAUACCUUUUAUCUUUUAGUUUUAUAUAACAUUUGAAAAGAUUUUGGGAAAACGUUCUGUAUAUAAAUGACUAUUUAAGACUGGAAAUAUACACCUGCUACAGUUUAUUUUUCUCUCUGAAAGAUGGCAGUUUUCUCUCAUACAGACAGACUUCUAUUUGUCUUUUGUAGAUA